CGCGCCCGGAGCCGCGCCAACCCCGGCUGCGGGAAAUGUUACCGAGCGGGGGGCAAGAGAUACAUCUUACCCGGAAACGAGGCAGAGAAGUGAGGGGAGUUGGGGAGCGAGAAGAGUACUAAACAUGCGGGGAGACGGUUCUCAGCACCAGCAUCAGGAAGAGGAAGAUAACGCAAUAGAGCAGAGACUGGGCAUUAGGGACACUUCGCUGGCCAGGUACCUGGACGGGCAGCACUGGCAGCUGAAGAAUCAGCUCCGGCGGCAGACCGCACAGAGCCAACUGUUCCGCCAGCACAGGUAUGACCUGAAUCUAGAUGAGAUGCGUGACCUGUCCUCUGAACGAGUCAAGUAUGUUAUAAAGUUACCAAUGGUUCAACAACAAUUGGAAGAACAGAUAGAAAAGAAAAAGAACUGCAUCAAUAAAAGCUUGGCUAUUGGAGAAGUACUUUCCACAGCCGACCUUACAACUGGCGUGAAGAUGGGUGUGGUCUGCUGGUUGUUUGGUGGGGCAGUUAUCAAUCUUGGCAGCCAGAUACACAUUGAAAAGUGGCUUCUGCCUUUAAUGGACUUAAAGUUCACCGGAAUGUUUGCGAUGACUGAACGUGGUCAUGGCAGUAACGUGAGAGGCAUCCAGACUCGAGCAACGUACGACUCUGUAUCCCAGGAAUUUAUUAUUCACACACCGUGUGAAGAUGCAGAAAAGAUGUACAUUGGGAAUGCAAUGAAGGGGAACUAUGCUGCUGUAUUUGCACAGCUGAUUGUCAACGAAGAACUGCUAGGGCCUCACUGUUUUAUUGUACCCAUUCGAGAUCAUGCAGGCAAUAUGUAUCCAGGAGUCACCGUCAUUGACAUGAUGCACAAGGAAGGUCUGAAUGGAGUUGAUAAUGGAAUUCUCAAAUUUAACAAUGUUAGAAUUCCAAAAGAAAAUCUCCUGGACCGAUUUGGUUCAGUGUCUCAGGAUGGAGUUUAUCAGUCACCCAUUAAAGACAGAAGUGCUCGGUUUAAUGUGAUGCUAGCUGCCCUGACACCAACAAGGAUUGCCUUAAUAUUUCAAGCCCUGGGAGCCAUGAAGCUUGGAUUGACAAUCGCCAUUCGUUACAGUCACAGUUUCAGAUAUUUAGCAUCAGACGUCCUGAUUUGUCCUGGUUUCAACUAUCCUGCAUUAAAAAGCCGCCGGCAGUUUGGACCCAAAGACAAAGAAGAAGUGAAAAUCAUCGAGCACCAGACACAGUACCUUCGCCUUAUGCCUCACCUUGCUGCCUCCCUCGCUCUGACCUUUACAAGCAGAUAUGCAGGAGAGAUUCUGGAUGAAGAUAUGUACCAAGGCAGGAACCUGAUCAAUAAUCGCUCAUUGCAGGCGUUGGUGGCAGGCCUGAAAGCUUACAGCACCUGGGAAAAUCUAGCUUGUUUGCAGGAUUGUCGUGAGUGCACUGGUGGUAUGGGUUAUAUGAUGGAGAAUCGAAUUCCAGGACUGAAGUGUGACUCAGAUGUUUUUGUAACCUUUGAGGGAGACAAUGUCGUCAUGCUACAGGUGGUGGUCCGUGAACUUUUAGCUCAGUAUGCAAGACAGUACGAAGAAAGACCAGUUACUGGAUUGCUGAGAAACUGGAUUGCAGCCACAACUGAUAGCUUACGGACCAGUGUCUUCGCAUUCAAUACAGACACAGUGGGCAGCCUGAGCUUCUUGCUGAAAGCCCUGAAUUAUCGGGAGAGAGUGCUUCAACGCAGCUUGGCAGCUAGACUCUACAGCAAGGUAGUGAAGAAUAAAGAGGAGCCCUUCAGUGCAUGGAACUCAUGCCUCCAGCACGUUACCUGCCUUGCUCUGGCACAUAUUCAUCGAGUGACAUUAGACCAGUUCUGGAAAGCAGUGGAAGAAUGUCCAGUUGCUGAAGACCAGGCUUUACUGAAGAAGUUUUGCCUUUUACAUGGAACUAGUCUCCUUUACCAGGAACGAGCCUGGUAUCUGGAACACAGAUACCUGACGCCAGCAACUAGUGUGCAGAUAAGGAACCAGCUUUAACACUGGUUUGUGAGGGUGAACUGGACCUCAUGAGCUGUGAAUCCCUCCUGAUGAGUGCCACUGGAUGCUUGCACUGUGAGCAACGUCAUGCUAGAAGCAAUAGCGUACAAGUCUGGCCACACUGGAGGACAGGAAGAUCCUCCCCAGAAAAUAUGCCUCAUAAUUGAUAUGUAACAUCAAACUAAUUGUCAAAUAAAAUCACUUGUCUAUAGUGUCCUUAUAUUGAUUAUAGAACAGGAUUUAUUCUCGCAGCCCUAAUUUUCCUUAGGCUACGAAUGGAUAGCAACGAAAAUUGGCACACUUUCUUCGACAGGUGGCCAUUAUUUUUAUUGGCCUUUUGUCUUAUAGGACGGAGAAUACAGCUUGUGCCUUAUCUUUGGGGAAUUGAAACAAACCUCCUGCCCUGUCACUGGCAUGUGUAUUUUAAACACUUUAGAACACACCUGUUGUUUCAUGAUGAUUUCAUUACAUAAUGGACUAAUGUCAUGAGGCAAAUCUAUUGUGCCUGAGCAGCAGCCAAUUUAUUGGCAUUCACUUCCUUCCAACGGCCAAGACCUUGCAUGUGAGUACCAGGAACCUUUAUUAAUGUAAGCUAAAUAUGUUAGCAGAGUACAUAGGAAGCAGAUGAAGUAAAUACUGUUCACAAUACUGCAAGAUUAUAAAACUGGUUGUAAUAGACUUUUCCAACAAGAAAACAAAUCUUACUGUUUUCUUUUACGGCCUUAGUCCAAAAUAAGGCAGCCAACAAAGUAUCAUUGCUAUAAUCAUCUGUAAUGCAUAAAAUCAACAGACGAAGAAUUAUUAGUCACCUGUUAAAGCAGAUUGUGAAGUUUGCUACUUGAAGGAUACACCACGGGAUCUUUUCAAAGUUUAAAUUUUAUUAUUAAAGUACAUAAAUGUCACCACAUACAACCCUGAGAUUCAUUUUCCUGCAAGCAUCAGCAAAUCUAUAGAAUAGUAACUAUAAUGGGAGCAAUGAAAGAUCAACCAGAGUGCAGAAGACAACAAAUUGUGCAAAUGCAAAUAUAAAUAACAAGAACAUGAAAUAACAAAAUAAAGAGUCCAUAAAAUGAAUUUAUUGGUUGUGGGAACAUCUCAAUGAUGGGGCAAGUGAGUGUGGUUAUCCCCUUUGUUCAAGAGCCUGAUGAUAACUCUUCUCGAACUUGGCAACAUGAGUCCUGAGGCUCUUGUACCUUCUACCUGAAGGCAGCAGCAAGAACAGAGCAUGGCCUGGGUGGUGAGGAUCUCUGAUGAUGGAUGCUGCUUUCCUACGACAGCAUUUCAUGUAGAUGUGCUCAAUGGAUGGGAGGAUUUUACCCAUGAUGAACUGAACCAAAUCCACUACCUUCUGUAGGAUUUUCUGUUCAAAGGCAUUGGUGUUUCAAUAACAGGCUGUGAUGCAGCCAGUGGAUACACUCUCCACUGCACAUCUAUAGAAGUCUGUAAAAGUUUUAGGUAUCAUGCUGAAUCUCUGAGUAAGUUUGUGAAGUACAUCCACAAACUUACUCAAAAUAUUAAAUAUGGAAAUAAUGUCACAACUUGAAAGGAACUUACUUGUGUACUCUCUCCCGAAUUUUAGAUGGAAGCAUUGAGGUUUAUUGAAUAGUUUAAUAAAACAAAUCUUCCGGGACAGUUGUCACCCUGAUUUCAAGGUAUUUUAUUGCUUUUUCUCUGGUUACUUGCGUAAUUGGUCUGUUCUGAGAUAAGGGAGUCUACAAGCUACUCUCCGAGCCCCAUUUCUGUAAUUAUUAGCUUGUCUACUUCUGGCCCUAUUAAGGUAAGUACGUCUCUGGAGACGUCAUGCUGAGUGUACAGACCGAGCAGGUCUGUGUGCCUGAGGCCUCUGGGGCCUGAUCAGAUAAAGGCACCUCUCCCAAAGGUCUGGUUACACAACAAAGCAGUCUGCAUCAUAGGCAAAUGUGUGCGAAUUUUCUCAGUGUGGUUACAGUCCAUCACAGUCACAUUGCCAUUGUACUGCACAGUUUCUCAUUCCAGUUUUCAAUAUUAGCACCAGAAGUUACUUUUGGAUGUAUUGGGACUACAAAGGCAGAUGGAUGAGUCAGUCUGUAUAGUGGAAAGUUAAAACAACUGUACCUUUGAAGCUGGGUGACUAAGAUGAAGAAAUCCUCUGAUCAUGUGAGAAAAGCAAUGACUAACAAACAGAAGAGUGUAUUUAAGACAAGGUAGAUGGUUGGGAGAGGAGAGAUCCAUUCUAAUGGUCCCUGACCUUCUGUAGCCUGAGCUAUUUGACAAAGUCCUUUGAAGUUUAAUGGAGCACUGCAUUUGUUUUACUGGUGUAUUUUAGUUUUCUAAAAUAACUGUGCUUCACUCUGUCAGAAACGUAACCAAAUGAUGACUCAGUUUAAAUCACGGGGUGAAAAAAGGCAAUUCACUAUUAUGACCACAAAUAUUAGAGCAAGAAGACAGCAAUAUUACAUGAUAUCUGAAAUGCAUAUCGUCAACUGGUUUCUUUAAAAAUACCAUUUCAGAUAAAGCUUUUCCCAAUUGUAAUAAAGGCGAGAAGAUUUCUAUUACAAUGUAGUGAAAUCAUUAACAGAUCAUUUUUUAAAAUAGUCUUAAUUUUAUUGUACUUCCUGUGUGUAAAUACACCCCAAAGAACGUCAUUUUUUUACUCCAGGAAGAAGCAGAGGCACAUUUUCACUUCCAAGGGACAUAUUAGAUAAUUAUUCUCAUUUGCAAUUGAUAUUGUUUAUCAAGAAUCAGAAUCAGAUUUAAUAUCAUCGGCAUAUAUCGUGAAAUUUGUUAAGUUUGUGGCAGUAGAACAAUGCAAUACAUGAUAAAUAUAGAAAAACUGAAUUACAGUAAGCGUGUGUGUAUAUAUACAUAUUAGUUCAGCUAAAAUUAGAGCAAAAACAGAUAUUUUUUAAAAAGCGAGGUAUUGUUCAUGGGUUGAAUGUCCAUUUAGAAGUCGGAUGGCAGAGGGGAAGAAGCUGUUCCUGAAUUGCUGAGUGUGUACCUUCAGGCUUCUGUAUCUCCUUCAUGAUGGUAACAAUGAGAAGAGGGUAUGUAUGUCCUGAGUGAUGGGGUCUUUAAUGAUGGACUCGGUCUUCCUGAGGCACCACUCCUUGAAGAUGUUUUGGAUACUAUGGAGGCUAGUAUCCAUGAUGGAGCUGACUAAUAUUACAACUUUCUGGAACUUGCUUCAAUCUUGUGCAGUAGCCACCUCCACUCCCCCCCCCCCCCCCCAAUAUCAAACAGUGACACAGUCAGUCAGAAUGCUCUCCACGGUAUAUCUAUAGAAGUUUUUGAGUGUUUCAGGUGACAUAUCAAAUCUCCUCAAACUCCUAAUGAAAUAUUGCCGCUGUCUUGCCUUCUUUAUAGUUGCAUCGAUAUGCUGGACCAGGUUAGGUCCUCAGAGAUAUUGACACCUAGGAACUUAAAUUGCUCACUCUCUCCACUCCUGAUCCCUCUAUGAGGAUAGAUUUGUUUUCCCUUCUCUUAACCUUUUUGAAGUCCACAAUCUGUUCUUUAGUCUUGCUUACAUUGAAACAUAGAAAACCUACAGGACAAUACAGGCCCUUUGGCCCACAAAGUUGUGCUGAACAUGUCCUUACAUUAGAAAUUGCUAGGCUUACCUAUAGCACUCUACUUUUCUAAGCUCCAUAUACCUAUCCAAAAGUCUCUUAAAAGACCCUAUCAAAUCCAACUCCACCACCGUUGCCGGCAGCCCAUUCCACGCACUCACCACUCUCUAAGUAAAAAACUUACCCCUGACAUCUCCUCUGUACCUACUCCCCAGCAUCUUAAACCUGUGUUCUCUUGUGACAACCAUUUCAGCCCUGGGAAAAAGCCUCUGACUAUCCACACAGUCAAUGACACUCAUCAUCUUAUGCACCUCUAUUAGGUCAACUCUCAUCCUCUAUCACUCCAAAGAGAAAAGGCCGAGUUCACUCAACCUAUUCUCAUAACGCAUGCUCCCCAAUCCAGGCAACAUCCUUGUAAAUCUCCUCUGCACCCUUUCUAUGGCUUCCACAUCCUUCCUACAGUGAGGCAACCAGAACUGAGCACAGUACUCCAAGUGGGAUCUGACCAAGGUCCUAUAUAACUGCAACAUUACCUCUCGGCUCCUAAAUUCAAUUCCACAAUUGAUGAAGCCCAAUACAUCGUACACCUUCUUAACCACAGAGUCAACCUGCACAGCUGCUUUGAGUGUUCUAUGGACUCGGACCCCCAAGAUCCCUCUGAUACUCCACACUGCCACGAGUCUUACCAUUAAUACUAUAUUCUGCCAUCAUAUUUGACCUACCAAAAUGAACCACUUCAUACUUAAUUGGGUUGAACUCCAUCUGCCACUUCUCAGCCCAGUUUUGCAUCCUAUAAAUGUCCCAAUGCAACCUCUGACAGCCCUCCACACGAUCCACAACACCUCCAACCUUUGUGUCGUAGCAAGGUUUCAUUGCAUUGACACCACCCAACUAGCUGGUAUAUCUCGCUCCAAUACGCCCUCUCAACACCAUCUGAGAUUCUGCCAACAAUGUUUGUAUCAUAAAGUAUCAUCAAGUUUUGUCAUAAUGUAAUCAUUGUAUUAAGGUGCCUCACACAACAUUUUAUGGGCUCCAACUUCAUAGUACCCCUACCCCGUAAUGCCCAUUGCUACCUCCUCCCUAAGAUCGACAAGCCUAACUGCCUCAGUAGGCCCAUUAUUUCUGCCUGCUCCGGCUGCACUGAACACGUGUGCACAUAUCUCAAUUCGAUUUUGUUCCCCCCUUCUCAGCUACAUCUCUGACACUUCGCAUGCUCUUCAUCACUUCGAGAAUGUUUAGUUCCCUGACCUGACCAUUUUAUUUUCACCAUGAUCAUGCAGUACCUGUACACUUCUGUCACCCAUCGGGAAGGCAUUAAUGCUCCCUGUUUCUUUCUUGACAACAGGCCUAACCAGUUCCCCUCUGCCACCACCCUGCCCUGUUUGGCAGAACUGGUGCUUGCCCUCAGCAACUUCUUUUUUGGUUCCUCCCAUUUUCUCCAAACCGAAGGUGUAACCAUGGCAACCACUUGGGCCCCAGCUUUACCUGCAUUUUUGUCAGCUACAUGGAACACUGCCGAAGUCUUUCUACACUAGGUCAACAACUGCAUUGGUGCUGCUUCCUGCACCCAUGCUGAACAGGUCAAUUUUAUUAACUUUGCCUUGUAGUUCCACACUGCCCUCAAAUUUACUCAAUCCCUCUAUAACACCUCAUUCCUUUCUUGCUCUCUCUAUCUCCAACUCUGGAGACAGAUGCUCUACCAACAUCUUUUGCAAACCCACUGACUCCCACAUUUACCUUGAUUGCAUUUCUUUGCACCCCAUCACUUGUAAGAGUGUUUUUCCUUAUCUCAGUUCCUGUACCUGCACCACAUCUGUUCUCAGUAUGAGGGUUUCCACUCCAGGAUAUCUAUCCUCUUAUUUUCAGAAAACGAGGCUUCCCUCCCACCACUAUCAACGCUACCCUCACCCAUAUCUCUUCCAUUUCCCACCCCAACAUUGUCCUCAACUACCAUCCCACAAGCCUCUGCAUUCAACACAUCAUGUUUCUCAAUUUCUGCCACCUUCAAUGGGAUCCUACCACCAAGCACGUCUUACCCUCUCCAACUCUGAUUUCUGCAGGGUCACUCUCCAUGACUCCCUUCUCUAUUCGUCCCUCCUCACUGAUCUCCCUCUUGGCACUUAUCACUGCAAGAAAGACAUGGUACACCUCAUCUCUCACCAUCAUUUAGGGCACCAAACAGGUGAGGCAGCACUUCACAUGCAAAUCUAUCAGCAUUAUCCAUUGCCUCCAGUGCUCAUGGUGGGGCCUUCUCCACAUUGGUGAAACCUGAUGCAGAUUGGGGGACUGCUUCAUUGUGCAUCUUUGCUCCUUCUGCCACAACAGGCAAGAUUUCAAUUCCACUUCCCAUUCCCCACCAACAAGUCUGUCCACAGCCUCCUCAAGUGCCACGAUAUGCCAAUUGGAGAAGAAACAUGUCAUGUUCUAUCUUAGUAAUCUCCAACCAGACAGCAUCAAUAUCAAAUUCUCUUAUUUCUGGUAGCCACUUCCCCCUCUUUGUUUUCCCGUAUUCCAGUGGCCCUCUCACCCCAUCUCUUCCUCUCCCUUGCCCCCUCCAACUUGCCUAUUGCCACGCUCUGGUUCUUCCCCUCCUUCCCUUUAUUCCUUGGGCUAUUGUCUUCUCCUAUCAUAUUAGUCUUCAGCCCUUUGCCUCUUCCACCUUUCACCUCUCAUCUUCUAAGAUCAUUCCCUUUCACCAUACCCACUCCCCACCUAUCUUCUCCUCUCACCUGGACCAAAUACAUUCCCUGAAUUUUUAUUCUGGCUUCUGCCCCGUUCUUUUCCAAUCCUGAUGAGGGGUCUUGGCCCAAUAUGUCAAUUGUUCAUUUCCCUCCAUAGAUGCCACCUGUGUGUCAUUCAUAAGCUGUGACAAGUCUUAAUAUUAACUAUGCGGUAUAUAGUAUAGUCUUGCUUGAUACUGAUCUGCACUGAGACGGGGAACAGGAAAACAAGAGAAUGCAGAUGGUGGAUGCUCAAAUUGUGAAUUGUGAGUAUUGGUUGAACCAAUGUGGCAGAAAUUUGUUGAAGGGAAACUUCUGUAGGUGGCCAAAUUUGAGCAGGGUCCUUCAUAACAUGGUCUGAAUGGUUCAUACAUGUCCUUUUUUUUGUCUCACAAACACUUUUGACUCUUUAGCAGACUCAAAGGUUUUUUGCAAACUCAAAAAAAUGACCAUAUAUAAUGAUUGGUUUUGCUCUCUGCAAUUCACAUGCAAUGAAGAUCAUGUCACUUGUUCCUCUGGGUGGAUGCUGAGCCACAGGGUGGUUCUGCAGCCAUUGAGAGGAGGGAGUUGAGGGGAGUUUAUUAUGACUUUUCCUGCACCUCUGUAGGUUCCCCACCCGGAUUUAUGUUGAUUUGUGAAGAUCUGUUGUCCCCUGGCAUGCUCUCCUCUUCCCACCUGGGCAUAGUCACACUCCACUCAUUCACUUCUUCCCACUAGAGUCACAAAAGGUGAUGCGAAGAGCAAACCCUCACUCGUUUCUCUCCCGGCUAGCCAAUUGUGGUGGCUUUCAGUACCAUUUUAAGUGAAGCUACUUACCUCAUUGGUGAACCAGAACUGCAUCGAAGCAACUUAAAGAAUAAUUCAUUGAUUAUCUUGUGUUGAUAUAACAGGACACAAAAUAGUAGUGUCGUUAGUAGAAUUCUGUUAACAUUUGAUGAGGGAUAUACUGUUCAGAUUCAUUUUGGGUAGAUCUAGUAGGACAAAUUAUGGAGGGACCUAGACUAAAUUAUCAAUAGCAGAAUAUAUGAUUGAAUAUUAUAAUUAAUUCAGUUUCAUUUUGCAUUCUCAGACAGUUAUUUUCCCUAUGAAUGUACAGUGGCUAUUUUGAAGUGUGAUUAUACUUGAAGUUAUUGAAGCUUUUAACCCACAUUGGUUGGACUCAGAUACAAUUGGUCUAGGUAAAGAUGACAAUAUCGUUCAAACCCAGGCUACCUCAGACUAAGAGACUGUGUAACAAGCUGCUUCCUGGGAUCCCCUUUGCUAUCUUUCAUCCAAACAUUUGGACUUGAACCAAUACUUUUGUUCAAUAAACAAGCUAAAUUUAGAUUAUAUUCUAUUGAGAUAAGUGGAACAUUUCAAUACCUUUGCAUUUGUCAUCAGUAAACACCCAAGCAUUAUGACUAGAUUGAUGUGGCAGAAGUAGAUAUGCAGAUCUUAUACACUACAGUAACACACACAAAAUGCCGGAGGAACUCAGCAAGUCAGGCAGCAUCUAUGGAAAUGAAUAAACAGUCGACGUUUCAGUCCAAGACCCUUCUUCAGGACUGGAAAGGAGGAGCGAAGCACUAGAAACUAUUUGCACAUCUUUAGACCGAUGCAAGUUCUUCAACAUUAAGUUGAUGGUCAGGAUUUCACAAAUCCUGGCCCGUUUCAUCUUCAGCUAGGAAUAGAAAUCAGGCAAAGUUUCUGCUGCUUAUAGUCAAUAAACUGUGCUGAAAGUAUAUAUUGCUGUGGGACAUUGAGCAAGGACUGGUAGGGCUCAAUAACAAUUGGCUUGCACCUGCAGUCAAAUAAGCCAUAAUAUUGAUCAUAGUUAGAGUAUCAGAGUUCAGAGACCAACCAUUGAAUAUGAUCUCAGCACAGAGUCAAUAACCAGUGAUAUUGGUGAGGAAUAAAUGUUUGUCACAUUGUCUACUCUCCUGGAAAAACAAGAAAUUCAGAAACUGUCAACACAUCUACAAAACCUUCUGAGAAUUUCUCAAAGGACAAAGAUACCUUUUAACUCCUAGGUAGCUAAACCUAGAUAAAGCGUCUCUUUAUUUGUUUGUCUGUGUAAACAGUUCCUUCCCCACACCCCCCAACUUUAUGGAAAUCAACAGAAUUACCUAACUGCAGCUAUUUGUAACAAAGAAGAGAACUAAUAGAAAAGUUGCGAGCCUGUUAUGUCAGGAGAAAAUAAUGGCCGAACGAAAAUGAUCCUUCCUUCUCCACAAUGUAGUAAAUAGCUGCAUUUCUUAAAUCAUUUCAAUGCAAUAUUUGGAGAACCAUCUUAUAAAAAUUAUCAGCAUUGUUUUUUUCCCUGUGGACCCACCCCAUCCCCUCAAGGUACAUGAUUCUGUCUUUCCUAUUUCUGUGUUCUUUGCUCCCAUUUUACCGCCUUCCUAAGAAUUUUUUUUACAAAUCAUAUAUCCGCAAAACGCAUUCCAGCCCAGUGUUUAUCAAUUUGCUGGGAGCCAAUUCCCUCCUUUUGCUUGGGUUCGGAAUUUGGUACCGUCGUGGUUUUGAGACAGUUUACUGGUGCAAAUUGUAGAAGAAAAACCUUGCAUAUCUUAAGACACAUCAGAGCGUGGAUUACUUUGAAGUGCGUUCGCUGUUCUGCGUGCACAUUUAUCAGAAGUAGUGAUUCAUUUGUGUUUGUUUUUUUAAUCGAAGCAAGAGACAAACGAUACUAAAAACGCUUCCUUUCACGCAAACCAUCAACACAAAAAAUGCUCGCUGUAUGAAUAAUCUUUAGUAACUAGAGUGCGUUCAUUAGAUAGCGCAUGGUUAUUGUAUGCAUCCACAAACAGUUAACGCUGUAGAUGUAAGUUCUGUUUUUAUUUAUUUCGAUAAUAAACUUUCGAAAUCUUAUAUUAAGAAGUUGCGUUUUGUUGCUCUUUAUAGGAGAAAUUAAAGCCUCAAAAUAGGUGAAUAAUUUGAUUUAUUUUAACUUUGAAAGCAGCAGUCCAAGUGAAACAGUUUUGUGUCAUUUUUUAAAAAAAUGCCGACAGUCUGUGGAUAUUUAGCGGGGUGAUAAAUCGUGCUUUCAAGGCUUGUCUAGUCUAUAUUUGGAUGGUAUUUUAUUGUGUUACUGACUGGCUCAGAGAUAUCCGAAAGGUUUAUAUACUUCACAUUUAUACAACAUGAAUUAUCGGACCAUUUCACAAGCUCGCGGUUUAUAAACUGUCCGACAGUUUUUAAACCCAAGGCGCAUCUGGCCGUGUCCUGGCCAGGAAGAAAACUAAAUUCAACUUGAUUUUUUUUAUAUUUAAAAAAAAGCUUUUCAUAAACGAGAGCUAGAGUUCAAGAACAAUACAGAUGAAAUUUGAUGCAACCACAACCUGAAUCAUUUCGAAACAAUCUGCCUACACUAUCGAUAUAAGGCUACAACUUAGUGCAACUUCUAUACACACGAAUAACAGCGGAGAGGAAUGAAAUUCUCUCUGCGACGAUGGACAGGCGCCGCAACUUUGCUGGAUGUUUUAAGCAGAGGUGUUUACUCAGGCUUUCGGUAAAUUUUUAAGUUCGCACCGAUGUCAAGUAGCACCUUCAGUUCUGGGUUACGCAGAGGCCGAGUGGAAAGGACACUAACAACACAAGGUAUGUUUAACGAGUCGGAGUGCAUCGCGAGUUAAAUCAGUCUCCCGGGGACUGCUGCGGGUGUCUUAUGAGAAAUUUAGGGGGAAGGAGAAGCAGCCUGUUUAAAUCUUUAUUAAGGCAAAGAAAUUACUUCACAGCGGAAAGAUUCACGUUCAGCUCUUUUAGGGUGAAGUGUUUUAAUACAGCUUGUUACCUUCGCUUGCAGUUCAUAUUCAUUAGCACUACACUAGCGGGGCGGAACCGCCGGGAGUUAGGUAACUUCGGCUCGCAGUACCGUUCCGAGCGGGUGUCUAGUUUUUUUUUAAAUUUUGCUGAUAAUGUCCCAGCUUCGCUCUCCAUCUGAUACAACUGUUUGUUUGUUUCAGCUAACCGAGCUGUGCAGGUCGGUGAAGGACGACGCUCUGACAGUGCUCUCGGCUUUCAAUAUCCCCUCGGUGACGGUCCACGCUCCGAUAGCCGGAGUAGCCAACUCCCGAGCAACCUGGGCUUUCUAUCCCAAACCUCACUUG